UCAAUCACGUAUAAAGGUUUGUUUGAUAUAUGAAAAAGUAAACAGCCACGACGUGCACCUGGUCCCUCCCCUAGUAGCUCGCUCAGUGUAACUGACAAAGCGAGCGCCAUAGCUGCACAUUUCGAUAAGGCUUAGCGAAUCCACUAUUUUCCUACAAAAACUGACAACACAGGACGCAAUUCCACCUUCGGGUUUGGAAUAAACACAUUGACGAAAAUGCCUACAAUUAAGUUGCAGAGCUCCGAUGGGGAAAUCUUUGAGGUGGACGUGGAAAUCGCCAAACAGUCUGUCACCAUCAAAACCAUGCUGGAAGAUUUGGGGAUGGACGAUGAAGGCGAUGACGACCCCGUGCCACUUCCCAACGUCAACGCCGCUAUUCUCAAGAAGGUGAUCCAGUGGUGCACCCACCACAAGGACGAUCCCCCUCCCCCCGAGGACGACGAGAACAAGGAAAAGAGGACGGACGACAUCCCCGUGUGGGAUCAGGAGUUCCUCAAAGUGGACCAAGGAACUCUUUUUGAACUCAUCCUGGCGGCCAAUUACUUGGACAUCAAGGGUCUGCUGGACGUGACGUGCAAGACGGUGGCCAACAUGAUAAAAGGUAAAACCCCCGAGGAGAUCCGCAAGACCUUCAACAUCAAGAACGACUUCACGGAGGAAGAAGAGGCCCAGGUGCGCAAGGAGAACCAGUGGUGCGAAGAGAAGUAGUUCAUCCGCACAAAACAAGUUACCACACACUCAAACGGAAUAGAAAUGUGUCUGCUUUACCGCUUGCACUGUUGUUCAUACUUUGUUAAUAUUGACUAUAUAAGCUUAGUUGCGCCCAAUCCAGUAGUCCGCACCCUCCUGUUUCUUCUCCAGUGCGUGUACGAAACGAGCAUGACAUCUUUAACGUGUGUCAUUAUUUAAUAAAUUCCCAUUUGAGUUAUCA